UCAUGCUCCCAAAAUGGGACAUAAAGUGGUCGUAUUUGACGUUUCUGUCAUCAGAGCCUUGUGGGAAACUCGUGUCAAGAAGCACAAAGCUCGGCAGAAGCAGGAAGAAGAAAGGCUGGAGAAAAGCGCAUUGGAAAAGAUAAAGGACGAGUGGAACUUCGUGGCUGAGUGCAGAAGGAAAGGCAUCCCCCAGGCCGUGUACUGCAAGAAUGGCUUCGUAGACACCAGUGUGCGGCUUCUGGAAAAGAUCGAAAGGAACUCUCUCACGAGGCAGACUUCACUUUCCAAGGACAGAGACAAACGGAGCAGUCCGUUUGUGUUUGAACUUUCGGGGGAACACUGGAAGGAGCUCCCAGAGACGCUGAAGGAGCAGACCCACCUGAAAGAGUGGCACAUAAGCAACACCCUGAUUCAAAUCAUUCCUACAUAUAUUCAGCUCUUUCAAGCCAUGAGAAUUCUGGAUCUGCCAAAAAACCAAAUCUUGAGUCUUCCCUCUGAAAUUGGUUGUUUGAAGAACCUGAAGGAACUCAAUGUGAGUUUCAACCAUCUGAAGAGCAUUCCUCCAGAACUGGGAGAUUGUGAAAAUCUAGAGAGACUGGAUUGUUCUGGAAAUCUGGAAUUAACCGAGCUCCCCUUUGAAGUAAGAAAUAAAC